GCAAUUGCCAUCCUCCCAAGUUUUCUCUCAUUUCAUUUCUUUAGGCAUUCUUCCUCUCUGCCUCUCGCGACUUCUGUGCACUGUUAAUUGUGGUUUCAUUUCAAUCUCUGCUCUUUUUUCUUCCAUUUUGCUUCAUUUCAAGGUAUGGGCAAGCUUAAUUCUUCUUUUAUUCUUCGUUCAAUUGUUAGUGGUGGAAGGAGUCUUCCUAAUUUCCACUCUUCUCUUUCUUUUUCUGUUAACACUAUUGCUGCCAACAUCAAGCCUUUAAGUACCCAAAAAAAGUACGACCGAUAUGAAAAUGUUGAUGAUGCUCUGGCUUUGUUUAAUAAGUUGAUUGAGAAAUACCCGAAGCCUUCAAUUGUGGAAUUCAAUAAACUAUUUGUAGUACCCAUGGUUAUAAUGAAACAUUAUGUCGUUGUUGUUUCUAUGUAUAGCCAACUGGGACUAAUUGGAGUUUCCCACAAUGUUUAUUCUUUGAGCAUCUUGAUUAAUUGCUUUUGUCAAUUAGGUCGAAUUGAUUCUGGGUUAUCUGUUUUGGGGGAAAUGCUGAAGUUAGGUGUUGAACCUAACGUCGUAACCUUUUCCACUUUUAUUAAUGGACUUUGCAAACAAAGUAAGUUUUCUCUGGCUGUGAGUUUGUUCGAUGAAAUGGUUGAAAAAGGGUAUCAACCUAAUUUAGUUACUUACAGUAUUAUACUUAAUGGGUUGUGUAAGAUCGACAAUACAGAUAGAGCUGUAAUAUACGGCACUGUCAUUGACUGUUUUUGUAAGAAUGGUUUGUUGAAAGAGGCUCUUGGUCUCUUCUCGGAAUUGAAGGCUAAGGGCAAUAAACCAAAUAUUGUUAUUUACAAUUGUUUAAUACAUGCUAUGUGUAAUUUGGGCCAGCAAAAGGAGGUAAGGAAGCUUUUGAAUGAAAUGAUGGAUAGCAAUAUUUCACUUUAUGUUAUCACAUAUAAUAUCUUGAUUGACGCAUGCUGCAAGGAGUGUAGGAUUUCUGAAGCUAUAGAUACCAUUUACACAAUGAGAAAGCAAGGCAUUGACCCCGAUGUUUUCACAUAUAAUAUAUUAGUUGAUGCUUAUUGCAAGGAGGGAAUGGUUUCGAAGGCUGAAGACAUUACUGACAUGAUGAGAAAGCAAGCCGUUGAACCUGAUGUUGUAACCUAUACUAUGUUGCUAGAAGGUCAUUGCUUGCAGAACAGAAUGGAUAAAUCUAGAAGAGUGUUUCAGUUAAUGAUUAAGGAGGGUUGUGCACCUACUAUACAUAGUUAUAGCGUCAUGAUCAAUGGAUAUUGCAAAGCUAAAAGGUUAGAUGAAGCAUUGAAACUCUUUCGUGAAAUAUCUCGAGCAGGACCAACUCUAGAUACUGUCGCAUACACCACUCUAAUGCAGUGUAUGUUUCAAUUAGGGAGAGUUUAUGCUGCAUGUGCACUUUUGAGGGAAAUGCUUGCUUCUGGACAAGUUCCAAGUGUUGUGACCUGUUUGGUUUUGCUGGAAGGUUUAUGCAAAUGUGGUAGACUUAAAGAGAAGUUGAAAAAUUUUCAAGCGAUGCGGAAUAGUGGGUUGAAACUCGAUAUUCGCUUUUACAAUAUCCUAAUUAAUGGCAUGUUCAAAGCUGAACGUAUUGAUGUUGCAAAGGAAUUGUUUCAUGAGCUCUCCGUGGAAGGCUUAAAACCCACUAUUUACACAUAUAAUACAAUGAUUAGUGGAUUCUGCAAAGAGGGAUUACCAGAUGAAGCAGAUAAGUUGUUCAGGAGCAUGAGGGAUAAUGAUUGUUUGCCUGAUAGUAUCUCUUAUCAUAUACUAAUCCAGGGGUUCUCCCGGAACAACAAUAGCUCAAAGGCAAAACAACUUCUAGCGGAAAUGGUCGAUGAGGGUUUUUCUGCAGAUAUAUGCACUGCCAACUUAUAUGUGAAUCUACUCUUAUGAUCUGAUAAAGCAAUCUUGAUUUAAAAUAAUCUAUCAUUCUUUGUUAUU